CAAAGCAAACCGAUGAUCGCGGAUGAUAGAUUACCGCAACAAAAAUAAUUGGCACUCGAUUGUCUUGUUUUCACAUCAUAAACACGAAUCUGAAAGAAAUGGAUGUGAGUGCAACAUACAGCUUUAGCCUGCCAGGACGACGGAUCGAUGGCGGCAGAUUCCUGGAGGUUGCUAAUGAUCUCCUUGUCUUUCGAAAGUUUGAUGAUGUUCUGAGAAUGUGCAGCGCAACUGACAAUGUACUCCCGUUGGUGAAACUGAAAAAGGGCAUCAUCAAUAAUGGCAGUGUCGGUGUUGAUGAUGAGAACAACAGGGCAUUGGGCAGAGAUGAGAUGGAUGAGGACAUCACCAACCGAACAACACAAGAACUUAAUGCCAAAAAGAGUUUCCAUGAAUCCUUAUGCAUCCUAGCCAUACAGGCUUAUGCAGAGACGGACCAGUGGGACAGGGUGACUCCAUUCCUCACUCAGUACUAUGAGGCAGUGGCCAGAUACCCUGUCAUUAUCAUUAAAUUAUGUAUACUACUUCAUGUGAAGGUCAACAACUUAUCGGCUGCAGAGACUCUCGCCUUGGAAUGGCUCUCGGACAACGUCAACCAAACCUUACCACAGUACUCCUCAAUUCUUGAACUUCUUCUUUCCCAUGUGCUGCUCCCACAAACUAAGAUUGAGCAAGCUAAAGAACUGGUGGAACUGAACCCUCAACUUAGCCCUGAGAAAAAGAUGACUCUCUUGAAAUACUUGGAGAAAGUCGAAGAGGAUCUGAGAGUAAAGAAAGCAGUUACAGAUAACCAAUCCACAAAUGAUACCGGAGGGUCUAGUUUACUACGUAUCAUUCAACGCCUUGGUCAGUUGAUCACUAGACUGGUACCCAUCGCAGGACUACGUUACAUCAGGGACAUAGCAUGCCUAGGAUUCUUCAUAUAUCUUAUUGCAGUUCGCACAAAUCUAGAUGGAAAGACUUGCUACAUGUUUGUUCAGGGACUACAUGUUGGGUCCUGUCUGGUUAUAUACAGUCCAGUGUCUCCAAUGCUGCAGUACUAUGGAGUGGCAUCGUCCGCAUAUGGCGCUCGCUUUUUGCUCCCUUCCAUCUCAUGUCUACAGCUUAAUGCGGGGAACCAGUGAUACAAAACAAGAUUGCCUUCCGUCGAGUACUAUCAUCAUCAUUGAUUCACUGCAACUUGGGCUUGCAUUGGGGAUGACAACUGAUGUGCCAGACAUCCCGUUUCAUCCACCCUUCCACGUCACUAACGUGGUUUUUAAAAAUUAUCUCAAGAUUUGAAUUUUUUUUUUUUUUAUUUUUUUUUAUACUUUUUACUUGGGUGUGACUGUCUUCUAUAAUCAACGAACAAAGAUAUUGACAAAAUAUUGAGCCUGCCAAUUAAUGAUAGAGCGACGGUAUGUUAGUCCGGAGGUUGCAGGUUCAAGUUCCGUACUAGUCCAUUUUUCAUGUUUCAACCCCAAAUUAAGUGUAACAGCUUCAACAUCAUCAAUAUCACACAGGCAUGCACUUUCAUUGCAAAGAUGUAGCAGUAUACAUACAACACAAACAUGGUAACCCUGCAAUGUGAUAGGUUUGUGCUCCGUUCCUGCAAAUUUUGCAGAAAAUAGAAAGUAAUACUGUAAGUGAUAAAAAAGAUAGUUGUUUAAAAUUCCUCUGUCACGCACUUCAUCAUAAUAAUAAUAAUAAUACCAACACUUACAAAGCGCCUUAAUCAUGUUGACAUGCUCUAGGGCGCUGAACAUGGCAUUACUAAUGGAGAAAUAUUUAAAAAAAAUAAGAACCUGAUAAUUUAUGCUGAGAGGUUUAUUUAACAAUUGUGCUUCCUUGUUUACUAUCCAUGAAAAUGAUUAUUACCAAGAAUUAAUUUGUUUGAAUUAUUGUUUACCUUUUAAAUUUAAUAAGGAUAAUAACAGGGUGAAUAAUGUCAUCUUUUUCAAGUUUUUUAUGAUUACGUAGUCUGAAUUGAUAUUAUGGCAAGUGAGUGAAUUUAAGUCGCAAUCAUCUUUUAGUGUUGAACCAACCUUCUUCCCCGGGUUACCCACAUGGAAAUUAUAACGAGGGAAUAAAAGGCUAGCGACAAUUGCUUAUUACUAAAAAUUCUAAAAAUUCAGGAUUAACAACAAAAUAAGCAAACUGUCUUUGGGAUGAGUGACAAUGCUUGCUGACAUGUACAGUGCAAUAUUUAUAAAGCAAUAUACAAGAUGAUUAUUUAAUUUAGCAGUCAACAAUACAGUUGUUCCUAAUUCAUUUGUAUGUAAACAGCAACCAUAUUUCUUGUUUAGUAAGAGUUGUUUUAUAAGGAGAAAUAAAUGGCACUUGGUUUUAAUGAAGAGAUAUGAUCAAAUACAAAUAUUUUUGUAGAAAGCAAAAUUUUACCUGUUUAACCUUACCGCUGUCAUAUUAGUGUCAACAUUGGGAGGAAGUAAUGACAGGCAUGAUAUUCUACAUACUUCAACCUGUUUUUCUAUGUUUUCAUCCCUGGGAAAUAUCAGUAUUUUCUUUUAAUAAUAAGGGCUGAAAAGUACAUUAGAAACUAUUUACUUGAUCAAAAAUAUCCUUAGAAAGUUGGGUAUAAUAACUUGAAAAGUGUAUUGAAAAGUCUCCCAAAAAGAAGAGGAGUUUUGAUAGCGUAGAAGAAAUUUUGCAGAUUUAAAAAGUGAUUGAUAAAGUGUUAAGUACAGUACAUGUAGAGGAAUGGUAAGCUUAUGUAUGAAUUUAGCAUGGUUGGAUUUUGUAUUUGUUGCCAAUUAACUUAUUUGAGGUGAUAGGUUUUUGUUCUGGUAUCCAUGAAUUAAUACAAGUUAUUGAACGAGUUAUAAUCGAAGAGGUACUUUAAAACUUUCCCCUUAUACACAGGUAAAUUGCAGUUUAUUGUACAUUUAAUUUUUCCUAUCAGGUUUGUUAUUUUACCAUAGUUAGUUAUGAAGAUUGAAUUUAUACUUAUUUUAAAGGCACUGUACACGUUUGGUAAUUGUCAAAGACCCGUGUUUUCACUUGGUGUAUCCCAUCAUAAGCA